GGAGAGGGAGUCAGAGAGACAGGCAGAGAGAGCGCUACUGAGAUGGUCAGAGAGAGAGAGAGAGAGAGAGCGUGCUGUGCUGCAUGACAUGCUUGCCAGGAGGCGAACCAGGGGAGACGGAGCUGUAGCGCUGAGGACGAAAGAAAAGAAAAGAAGAGAAAGAGCGAAAUGAAUGAAGAGUACAGCGAGAGAUUGUUAACGGGGAGAAAGAGAAUGUAAACACAGACUGGGAUAGUAAAGGGGGGAAUCUGGAGCAGAUGCACAUUAGUGACACACAUUAACAUCAGCACGCUGAAGCAAAGGAACGUCAAAGAGGCUCUGAGAGAAAGAGGGGGAGAAAAGAACCAGGAGAGCGGAGCGCCAUCGAUAAAAAGUGCUGAUAUCAGAAGAAUGACAGGGCACCCUGACCCGUCCGGAGAUCAACCCACAUCCUCCCCCAUCUCAUCCCUCCUGUGACCCCCCCACCCCACCCCACCACCCCCUCAAAACUCCUUCCUCCAUGUCAGCGGCUGGAACCGAACAGAGACCUGAUCAGGUUGCGCUUUAAUCACAUCCCUCUGGAAUCUCUCCAGCCCUUCUGGAACUCUGCUCAGCGUUCCGUCUCUGGCAGGCUUCCAUCCGCAGGCGGACAUUCUCUCCCUCUGACAUCCUCUCACCAAUAAGACGGGAAGGAAUAAAAAUACAGCUAAUGAGUCUCUUUAAUUUCUCUCCUGCAAGGGCUGACUUUUCUCCUCAAAGCGAAGAUAAGGGCCUAAAGCAUAAGCUACAGAAGACAUCUUCAACCAAAAGCUUUCCGAAAGCCUGCAACGACUCUUGAGUUUCAGAACAAGAAAACAGAGGAAACAACACUUGAACACAGAAAGAAGACAAUCGAUUUAAUGUCAGAAAGGACAUAAUAACACUAGGAUAUUCAAACAAAAGAUUGAGACGUUUUAUUAGUUAGUUGCUCUGAGAUAUUCCAUGUCUUCUUAGAUCUUUUGAAAUCUCCAGUCAUCCACUUCUCCUGUAUAAUUCUCUCAAAGUCUCGUUUGGUCAGUUCAGCCCGGCCAUGCAGGUCUCUAUAGCCUGUACGGACCCCCACAUGAAACGUGGUAAUGGGGAUCACAAGAGUGCCACUAGCCCGGGCAAUGCUGUCCGGACAAAGUUCAGAACCGUGGCCAUCAUAGCACGCAGCUUUGGGGCAUUCGCACCCCAACAUCACAUCUCCCUGAAAGAGUCCACUGGGAAGCUAACCGGCAUGAAAUACAGGAACCUGGGGAAGUCAGGCCUCAGAGUAUCAUGCCUGGGACUUGGCACAUGGGUAACGUUUGGUGGUCAGAUUACAGAUGAGGUCGCUGAACAGCUGAUGACCAUAGCAUAUGAGAGUGGCGUCAACCUAUUUGACACAGCGGAGGUGUAUGCUGCUGGAAAAGCUGAAGUCAUAUUGGGAAAUAUAAUCAAGAAGAAAGGCUGGAGACGAUCUAGUUUGGUGAUCACUACCAAGUUGUACUGGGGCGGAAAAGCCGAGACUGAGAGAGGCCUUUCAAGGAAACACAUUAUUGAAGGUCUGAAAGGUUCUCUCCAGAGGAUGCAGCUGGAAUACGUAGAUGUCGUCUUUGCCAACCGCCCUGAUAACAACACGCCCAUGGAGGAGAUCGUGAGAGCCAUGACAUUCGUUAUCAACCAGGGGAUGUCCAUGUACUGGGGGACGUCUCGAUGGACGGCCAUGGAGAUCAUGGAGGCGUACUCUGUGGCCAGACAGUUUAAUCUGAUCCCUCCGGUGUGUGAGCAGGCUGAGUACCAUCUCUUCCAGAGAGAGAAGGUGGAGGUUCAGCUUCCGGAGCUCUACCACAAAAUAGGCGUGGGGGCGAUGACUUGGUCUCCAUUGGCCUGUGGAAUCAUCACGGGGAAGUACCAGAAUGGCAUCCCAGAAACCUCCAGGGCAUCCAUGAAGUCUUACCAGUGGUUAAAGGAGAAGAUAGUGAGUGAAGAUGGAAGGAAACAGCAGGCUAAGCUGAAGGAGCUGGGACACAUCGCAGAGAAGCUUGGCUGUACACUCCCUCAGCUGGCUGUUGCUUGGUGUUUGAGAAAUGAGGGGGUGAGCUCAGUACUCCUGGGAACUUCCAAUCCGGAACAGCUAACAGAGAACCUGGGUGCCAUACAGUUUCUUCCGAAAAUGACGUCUCAUGUGGUCUCGGACAUUGACCACAUCCUGGGCAACCGUCCAUUCAGUAAGAAGGACUUUCGUUCCUAGUCACCGAGGAGGAAGGACGAUUUCUGUCUAUCUGACAUGGAUCCAGUAUCACCGAACCCUUGGGCUCAGCACAGGUUUUAUCUCAGUCUGAAUCAGCCUAGUUCAGUCCUGCUCAGCUCUAGCCUCCUCAGCCAGUGUAACCAAGCUAAUUUCGGCAUAGCCUAGUUCACCCUCUGCCUAUACCAGCCCCAGCUUAUCCUACUGUUUCAGUAGACUCUCAGACGUCCUGAGAUAAUUAGCUGUGUAUAUGCAUGCUUCCCCUCUGUUGUGUGCCUGGACUCUAUUCAAAAGCACAGUGCACAGAUCAGCAGACAGGGUUAUUAAAUACUUAGAUUAUACCGUAAGCUUUCACUGCAGCGCAUUUUGAAAAUCAAACAGCUCUCCAGCCAGACUACUGUUUUUGACCCUUGCUUGACCUUGAGAGGCAGAAAACUGUGGACACUGAAUUUCAGUGACGGGUUCAUUCUGUCUGCGAGGUGGAGAAUGUGCAUGUUGUCGCCCCCUUCUGGCCGUACAAGGAAACGCUAUGGAAUGUCGUCCAUAGAUUGUUAGUGGCAGCUGAGGGAGCAGAUACCCUGCGCUGUAGAGAACCCUGACUCUUCUCCUCAUGCCUGUUAAAUGAACCUGCAUCAUUGGUUGCGGAUGUGAAUCUGGGAUAGCACAAGCAACUCUGUGACAUGACCAAGGUUACAUGCUUGUAAUGCUUGUUGCUUGCUAGUGAUAAUAGGAGACUGAUGAAGAAUUUUCAGAAAAAAUAUACAAUGUAUUAUUUAUUCAUAGUAUGUGAAAAUACUUUAUAUUCUGUGUGUUGGGAUUUUUUUUUAAUUAUGUGUGUAUAUAUGAAACUACAGGGGCAAACAGUGUAACAUAAGAACUGACCUCAAGUCCCUUUUCUUGCAGAGGAAAAUCUAUAAACAAUCUAUUAUGUAAAUCAGGCUUCCCUAAAACCAGGUUCAGUGGUCUCCUGGGGGUGCAUGUGUUAGUGUUUGUCUCAGCUUUACAAAACUGAUUUAAGUACUCAGAUGAUGAUGAGUAACUUUUCUGCAUCAGCUGUGAAGUGUUGACAAAAAAAACAAAAGGCAUCCCUCUGUGAGGCCUCAGGACCAGGUUUGGGAAAUCCUGGUGUAAAUAGUGUUUUGUUCUUCUGUCAGUAGCACAAUGCAUUCAUGUGUGAUGAUUCAAGUCCUGGCUUCCGCCAACCCAGGGUUUUCUUAUUUAGCUGUUGGCUACUUUUUUACUUUAAGAGACACCAGUUGGAUUUAACAUUUCAUGAAUAACUCAAAGAAUUCAAAUUUUCCAAGACUGCAGAUUGUUUGACAGAUGGCUAAGUCCUUAUUUGUUUUACGCUGCUUCAAAUGCAUACUCCUUUUUAGUAUGACAUAAUGUUCAGACCUCUUCCUUACAUGUGGUUGAUAGACCAAGCAGUCACAGAUCAAUUAAGUUCAUAACAUAUGUAGGCUGAAUCCCAAUCUGAUUAAUUUUCUCCUAUACCUAGGAAGGUAGCCAGUGAUAACCAUUGUUUGGAUUGGAACCAGGCCAUUCAAUAUGUGGUGGUCCAUGCUGCAGUGCCUUGAUAUGAGCCCUGUUAACAAGACCCAUUUGUAUUAGCCCCAAUCCAUUCAAUGCGCUCAAUGUAAUGGAUAUGUAGAGACAAUGUUGUAAUAGCUCAGAUGUACCAGAGUGAAAAGGGUAGAAGCUAGAAGUGGGUUUGGAGUUUUUGGAAUUCUGUGUGUGGCCAUUCGCUUGAUCCUCAUCCUUGUGUGUUCAGUUUAGUGUGACUGACAGUGUAAACUGUUGUAUUACAAUAUACAAAACUGUUCCAAGUCUUGUUUUCUACAGUAUGUAAAGUUGUCAGGAGGAAAGAGGAUUCAUCAGCAAUAUUGCUGACAUCAACAUCAGUGUUUCCCUAUCAAGAUCAUGAGGUCUGUCAUGAAUAGCAUUUCAAUUCAUAAUACGCUUGAUUAAUAAAUGGUAAUGAUGA